AUGGGUCGUCGCCGCCACUGGGGUGGGCGUGCGAUUCGUUGCCCCGAGGUGUAUCUAGAGCCACCAGAGCCGCCCGGCGCCCGCAACGCCCCGGCCGGGCCGGGGAGGGACUACCGGGGUUUGGUUUUGAAUCUGAUAAUCACGCAUCCCCGCGAAGGGGGUCAGCGCGUCGGCAAUCCUGAGCGCCGGGACGACGGACGGGGGCCGGGGCCCGACGGCGAGGUCUGGUCUCGCCCCGCGGAGAGGCCGCGGGCGGGCGCGGGCGGGGGGAGGCGGCGGAGGCGGAGGGACGGGCGCGUGCGCCGGUCGGCGACCCGACCCGCGACACCCGCGUCCGUCCGUCGGUCCGUCGUCCGUCUACCGCCGCCGGGCGGACGGGCUCGCUCCGCCGGGACGCACCCCGGGACGCGGGGCCGCGGGGCGAGGCGCGCGCAGGGCGGCGCGGAGCGGCGGGCGGAAGGGGCGCGGCGACCUGCCGACCGCGGCCGACGGGGCGCUCGCCGCCGGUCGACGGGACGACUCGCCACGCGCGGCGGGGAGGGCGGGCGGGGGUCGGGGAGGAAGCGGGGCCGAAACCCGCCCUCCUCCCCGCGCCCCUUCCCGAACGACCCCGCACGCGCGAGGCGGGCACGACGCCACGCCGCCGGCGACGACGACGACUGCGCGGGCGGAGGACCCGGGUCCGCGCCGACCCGCCCCCGCACGCGCGCGCGGCGGGACGGGAGGGCCUCGCCACACUCGACUCACCGACGGGCCGGGGGCGGGGACGGGGCGCCCCGACUUCCGCGGGCACCUAACGCCGCGCCGGCGGGGCGGGGCGGGGCGGAGGACCCGGGGCCGCCGCGCGUCCCCACCAACGGCGGGCGACACGCGACGAGCGGGAAAGCGAGCCCCCGGAUCGGAGAAGCCGGGCGGAGGGAGAAAACUCGAGACGGGCGGCACGCGAACGUGGCGGACGCCAACCCCCGGCGCGGGAGGCGGCCGUCACAAGGGCCGCGGGGACGCGGCACCGUCACCCGCGAGGUCGGCCGGGGAACGACCGCCUCGGGGAGCCCGGCCUUCCGCCCGGUCCGGGACCACGCACGGGAAUCUCACCGCCAGCGCCCCCGCGGCGCAUCGCGGUCCGCGCGCGAGCCCCCACCACGGGACGGACCGACCCGGACCCCGCGUCGGCGACGGACCCACGGCGACGCUCGUCGAGGCCGAGCCCGCGUCUCGCAGAGCCGGUCGCUGGCUCCACCCCGCACACGUCACCGACCGUCUCACGGCGACCGGUCGCCCGGGGCGCACGGCGAGGAUCGGCGACGGCGAGGGCGGACGGGAGCCCCCCACGGACGGGGAAGCGGACGGGGAGAGACCCGGGAGCGCACGGCCCGGGGCGCGCCGGGAAAACCAGGCGGGAUCCCACCGCCCCCCACGGGGGCGGUUCCGCAUCGCCCGCGACGCCCAGAAGCCGGAGCCCGGCGGAGUCCGAAGAGCACCCCCCACGGGAGGAGUCACUCCUCCCGCGAGGAGAGAACGCCCGCGUCCACCAGCCCCGUCGACGGGGACUCCCACGCGCGACUCGCCGCCGACGUCCGCCACGCCGGGAGGACGACCGCUCGGCGGCCUCGCUCGAGAGAACCCACACGCGUACGGCCCUUCCUCCGGGGGACGGGACCCCACCGUCGCGGCGCCCGGCGCGAGGGGCGCGACGGGCCACCCCGGGCCCACGCCGGCGCCGGCACACCGCCGUCGGCGCCAACGGCCGGCGACACGGGACGGGAGCGGGCGGAGAGCCCCUCGGCGGCGGCGCGGCGCAGCAGCGGCGGCGGCGACGGCGACGGGAGGGUGAGGGGAGGGGCGGGAACCGACCGGGACGUCCGCCACACCACCGACCCCCAACACACCCCCCCACCGGACACACACGCGCCAGCGGAGCGAGACCUCGGCGCACGCUCGCGGGCGGCCCCCGAGAGAGCCGGACACCGGGCCGGACCCCCCCGCGGGACCCUCCCCCAGCUCGGAGGGGGGAGGCGCGGCACGCAUCGGAUCGGGACAGACGCGGUCGGACGGCUGACUUUCGCGCAGCGAGAACGUAGGCGGGGGCGGGCAGACGCGGGGGGAGGCGGGCACCUCCACCACCUUCUUCGCAAAGCACGCCCCGCUCGGAUCGCUAGAGAAGAAACUUUGCUCACUGAGGGUGGACCGAAACCGGCCACCGCCCCGUCGGUCCGCAGAGGCGGGAUCCGUCCGCGGGAGUGGCCAGGCGAGGGGGGUCUGGUGUAUAGAAAGGCCCACGCCCGCCACGAUCGCUCGACACGCCCGCGCGCGGCCAACCGGGAGAGGCGGCGCGCGGGCGUGCGCCCGCCCCAAGGACCGAGUCGCACCCGCGACACGGCCGUCAAGAAGCGGCAGGCGGCCUUCGCCGCCGCCCGCCCUCUUCCUCACCGCCUCGACCCCUUUUCUUUCUCUGGCCGAUGGCCUCGAGAAGCCCGCCAACGCGGACGGGGCAAGCCCCGCCACAGCGGCGACCGGAGCAGAGACAACCGGGGGACACGGGAACGGCACCACCGCUCAGCCUCGGGCACCUCGAGUCGACCCGGAGCUCCAGGAGCACCGCGAAGGGCGACGACGCACGGAACGCGGCUCGCGCGCCCGAGGAGGACGCGCGGCACGGCGGGGGAAACGCGGGGCCCCUGCCCCACCGCGGGAGGGGCCGACCCACCGCCAAGGCACCAGGGCGCGGAGGGGUGA